AAGGAAACAUAAGGGGUAGAAAGGUCAAUUCGCACACUCACUUACUAGUAUUAGUAACCAGCCCAAAACUAAGCAUUUUGUCCUCCAAACAUUAUAUAUACACACAUAUUCAACUGCCUAAAAUUCGCUCCAAAUCCUCUUCAUAUCCGACGAAGCCCCAUAAUUCCCUGCUCAACCAGUCAUCCUCCAUCUCUUGCCAGCACACUUUGAAAACGAGUGAAAGCAUCCCAAUAUGGUAAACAGCCUCUGAAUUUGGUUCAAGUAAUUUGGAAGGGCAACAUAACCAGACCAAAAUCUUGUCUUGUCUAUAUACUCUUCUUCUUCAUCUCUUUUUUUUGUUAGUUUUUUUUUUUCUUCAACGCUAGCUCAAGCAUACAUUUGCCUUUGGGGUAUUUUUCUUACUUUCUUUUGAUAAAAAUGUCGGCUGCCGUGGGAGCUAUCUCUGCAACCAAAGAUGUUACUUUCAGUUCUCAAAGGGAGGAAGAGGAGUUAGUUAAGAAUGAUGACAUGAAAAACACGGCUGCACUUGGUGAUGAUCAACCAAGCCUAAGCCAGCUUCCCGAAGGUGAUGAACAUAAUGCGGAGGAGGGUGACCUAGACGAAGAGGAUGAUGAGGCUGCCGCAUUGAAAUCUGAAAAGGAAUUGGUCCUUGGCCCUCAGUUUUCUCUCAAGGAGCAGCUUGAGAAAGAUAAAGAUGAUGAGAGUUUGAGGAAAUGGAAGGAACAACUUCUUGGGAGUGUUGAUCUCUCUACUGCUGGAGAGAGCAAAGAACCAGAAGUGAAGGUCUUAAGCCUCACAAUCAUGUGCCGGGGCCGGCCGGAUCUUGUCCUCCCAAUUCCAUUCACAAACAAACCCAAAAGCAGCCUCUUCACACUCAAAGACGGAUGCCAUUACCGCAUCAGGUUUACAUUUACUGUCUCCAAAAACAUAGUCUCAGGCCUCAAGUACACCAAUACAGUGUGGAAGACUGGUGUCAGAGUGGACAACUCAAAAAGAAUGCUUGGAACUUUUAGCCCUAGGCAAGAUCCUUAUACAUAUGAGACUGAAGAAGAAACUGUCCCUUCAAGCAUGUUUGCCAGGGGCUGGUAUUGUGUGAGAACAAAAUUUCUGGAUGAUGAUGGAAAAUGCUACUUGGACAUGAGUUACUACUUUGAAAUCCAGAAGAACUGGCCAAAAUCCUCUUGAAACUUUCCAUCUGUUAUGAGCAUUGGCUUGGUCAUCAAAAUCAAAUGGUCAUGUUUAAUUAGUGUAUCUCUCCAUUUGUACUUUCUUGUCAGCUUUGGGUUUGGUACUAAAUGCUUCAAAUGAGCACUUUCAGUGAAUAAUGUUGUAUCUUGUAAUCAUACUUGGCACAAUGCAAUCCAUAUUUUUAUUCAAUGAGAAAGCACUGCCAUAUGACAAGGCA